CUCCCCAAACGCUACUGCUGCUACUCUACAUCGCCGGGCAGGACUCGACAACGAUGUGCCACGGGCAUCCUCACUACCACCCCUGCUCACAUACAUCAGUCAAAUGGCUGUACUGUCCAGAAGCCAUGUUCGAUUUGGACACGGGAUAUGAGACACCCUGCUCGAACCCGAUAUACUCGACGCCGCAACCAACCAACGUUGAUUGCCCCCUGCAAAGUUGCAAUUUCAAAGCUCUCACGGGGCGCUGGGACUGUUGCCUAUGCGGGAAGGGACCCAAUACUCAGGGAUGGUGCACCGCGUUGACUUACAGGAUGGACUGGAAUCCACUCACGAACAGAGUUGAGAACACGGAGGUGCCAUGCGGACAUGGAUGCUGCAGUUCGUGCAGCCCGUCAUCGACGCCAGGUCCGAAUACGCAAAUAUCGUUCGUAGAUAUCCAAAAGGGAAAAGGAAACCGCAAGGUCCAUAGUGCCGCCCGAAGCGGCGGACACAGACGAGGAGGGGCGCACGAAUUGGACCAGAGCAAUGGAGGUUGUCCCCCAGUAGUCGAGGAGGACGAAAUAUCUCUCCCGUCGGCGGCAACGACGGGCAUGGCGACAGCGACAGCGACUACGACCCUUGUUCCAGGAGCUCGAAAUUCGCACCGGUCGGGCCAUGAAGCGGGCGCAGAGUAUCCGAAAAAGCCAAAACCCCAUAAUAACAAAAAGAAGUGGCAUAAAGGCCGUGGCCAUCACGAGUAGAUUGAACCACGCACACGCGCUCGUCGUAAGGGCUGGGCAUGACACCGAGGUUGUGCACACAUUGGCACCGAUCCUCCCCUUUCUAGUCACGAUAUAGGGGAGUGGGCGUAGGAGGAGCCGACACUUACACGCCUCCAUCGCUUUUCUGGCUGCCUAUAUCGGUCUACAUACAAUCCAUGAGAAAUAAUGAAAGUUAAACAGUAGUCGUCUGUCCGAAAUGUGAUAGGAUAUCCGCAUGUAUCACUCCAGGGGCCUUUCUGUUGGGCUCAGCCUGAUG